GUUGAUCCAUCUCUAAUUGAUGUCGCUGUCAAGGGUGAAUGGACAUUCCCGUAGGCAAUUUUAUUUUCAAAGGGCUGUGCAGGAUCAUCACUUCAGCUUCAAUCAUGCCUCCAACAAAACGAGUUCCAACCUUGUUUGACACCAGCCUGAAACAAGUGACGUUCCACCUGAUUGAGAUCUGUAAAGUGACGGACCAAGUACGAGAACCAAGUCAGGAAAAUGGGAUAGAUCAAGUGUCAAACUACAUUCGUGAAAAUUUGAUUGCAUCAGUGAAAAAUUGUCUCCUGAAGAAGAUUAUGUAUCAGCUUUUGCAUUCAAAGUUUGAUGGGAUAUUGGAUAUAGGCUUGUUUAGAAGUACAGUUAAUGGGCAUGGUGUUACAGUGCCUGUUUUAGGAAAAAUUAUAAAAAGUAUUUUGCUGAUUUUCAGUGUAGAAGGCACCACAGAGUUAGAUUUUCAGCAUGACGUCAUCCGUCAGAUUUCAGCAUACGAGAGUGUUGUAGGUAACCACUGUAAGGAGGCAUUUAUUUAUACAGUUUAUGCUAAACCUCUUUGGGCACAGAGCUUGGUGUCAUUAAAUUUGAAAUAUGUAGCAGAUUCGAAUGUCAUGAGAGUUGUUGCUGCACACUGCCCCAAUCUGCAGUAUUUGAACAUUGAGUCUCUCCAUGAACCGCAAGACACAGAUCCUUUAGUUGAUAACUUGUGUUGGUUAUAUGGGGAAUACUCAUCACCAUGGCCAUCAGAGAACAUGCCAAAAGGUUGCCCCAGACUGCAGACGCUUAUUCUGCCAAAGUACAAAGGACUGAUGCCAGCUGUUUCUCAUGUCUUAAAGAUGGUUAUGUACAUGCCUGAUCUCUGUUGUGUUCGAAACGUGGAUACAAGAUUAGUAACAGAAAAAUAUUUAGAAGAAUUUGGUGAUGCUCGGCCACUGAAACUCAUUGAAUUAGAGGAAUGGCCUAGAAGCUGUGUGGAUAGGAGUGUCAAAUCUGAUUUCACUGAGACUGCAAAAAUUGUGCCAAGUAUCAAAAGUUACAAAUCGUACUCAGGAGAACUCCUUACUGAAGACUUCUAUCGCCUCUCAAAUCUGGCCUCUUCAUUUACAUGUUUAGAGCAACUGGUGCUAUAUCAAGAUAGAUUUAAUAACCUAGAGUUUGACCUAAAGAAUCUCCCUUGUAUUCCUAGUAUAAAAAGUCUUGAAUUAGAUUUAGAUGAGGAAAAUAUUGUCCUUGAGCAAGUCCACUCCCUUAGUAAGGCUUUCCCAAAUUUGAAACAGUUAAAAAUUCAUAGUUGUGGUCUCUUUACCUAUAUGAAUGAUGCAGAGAAGGAGACUGGGGUACUCUUUGACCAUCUGGAGACAUUAGACCUCCACAGAGUUACUGAAAUGGAUACAGAAUUCCUUGGUGCAUUUCUGAAAAACUGCCCGAAAUUGACAUCACUGAGUUUAUCUGUCAGUGCUCUAUUUGCCACUGAUGAGGAUGAGCCAGUAACUCAUGAACUGAUUUAUGCCCUAAGGGAUGACAUGCAUAAUCUCAAGAGAGUUCUCAUAAUGAGAGAAUAUGAAAAAUAUGCAGACCCUUUAAGUUUAACUCUUGAUGAUGCUAUAAUUCUAAUGGCAGUUUGUCCAAAGUUGACAUGGUUAGGAAAACUUGGCACUUGGUGUGUGACUGAACGUGAGGUGGAAAUGCUUAUUGCAUUUUGCAAAAGCCAAAAUAGGGAUUUGCACAUCUCAUAUUCACAGACUGAUUAUAGUACUAAUGAUCUUUAAAAUGCUCCUCUGUGAUUGUUUUGAAAAAAAAAUAUUAGUGAUUCUUCCUGUGCUAUUAAGUAACUACAUAUGUGAUAUGUAUUUCUGUAUAUAUUUGUUUUAUAAAGGAGUUUUAUGCCUGGGACUCCCUUCUUAGGGGUUAAGGCAGUGCCUUGGAGGAGUUUAGGGUUGGCGUUUGCCUUAUUUGAUCCUUUUUUCUUACAUCGACCAUGGUCUUGGGAUGUGAAAAGACAGCGUUUUCCUGGAGAGGCAGGUAUGAACAUAUAGAUCAACAAGAGUAGCCAUUAUUAAAAAAAGGCCAUGUGUACAGUACAUGGCAUCUGCUUUCAAACUAUACUGGAAAGUAUAACCAAAGAAAUAGAUUUUACCUGUAAUUAUAUCAACAGUGAAACUAAACUGA